AUGCUUGACAAAGAUGGAAAACAAAGACUUGAAUAUAUGUUUGAGAUUGGUGAUGGAAAAGGUGACUUUCCACCCACACCUAAUUAGAAUAUAAUGCCUAAGAUUGGAUAUAGUUCAUAUCAUAAGAGGUAAUCAAGUGAGAUACCAAAUGAAGCACUUUCAUUUGCAUAAAAGAUGCUGAAAAAUUUCCUACUGUCAAUGACAGAAUAGGAGGCAGAUCAACUCUCUAAGGCAAUCGUUAAUAAAUGGGAUUAAGAGUCCAGAAGAGUCAAUGACAUGAUGAAUUCGAAGCUAGAUGAUUCAAACUUUAUUGAUAACGAUAUUGAGGCUGGAAUAAAUGUUUAUAACAGCAAUAAGAGGGAUGCAAUGGACAAAAAUAACAAGACUAGAAGGAGAAGGCAAGAAAGAUUGACAGAGAUUAACUAACUUAUAAAGUAGAAAUCUUAUUCUCCAGACAACUCUAUUCUCGCUAAUAUCAAGGCGCUAGAUGAGAAAUACUAAAAGAUGAAAAAUGCAACUAUCAAUUAACCUCGAUUAAAAGUGAAGUCUAGGUAAGGAGAUCAAUCUCCUUAAAGUAAUGGAUCAAGAAAUACUUUUAGUCUGAAUCCUAGUAAUGUCAAAGGGAGAGAGAGGUACUUCUCAUAGUACAUACCAAAUUAAUCCUAGUUAAAAGCAUACAUUCAUGCUACUUAAUUUGACCCCUAGCCAAGAGAUUUGUAAAAAGAAUUAAGUUCAAUAAUGGAUGAUCACUCAACUUUAUUUAAGGACAACUCAAUGUCUUUCCUAAGUAAAAAUAAUACACAAGCACUGAUCGGAAUUUAACACAAUUUUGAAUUUUCUGUUAAUAAUAAUCUCGGUUAAUAAAGCACCAAGGCAUUUCAAAAUUAAUAAGUUUUAGGGGCCUUGUCUCCAGUCAAAAGAUCCCCUUUGUUGCGGUAUGCAUCAAGAGAUCAUAUAGAUAAAGAUUAUGAUAGUAUUAAAAGUGGCUAUAACUCCUAAGAGAGAUUUAAUACAGAAGCAAUAAGUAUAAAUCAAAAUUUGCCGUCUUAAAAGCCGCUAGCAAGUGUUUCAUCCUUAUAAGAAUUGGUUGACGAGGGCAGAUAAAAGUAAGGGUAUAAUAGGAUAAACUUGAAAGAAUUUAGAGAAAAGAUGAUACAAAAUGGGUUUAAAAGGCCUGCUUUCUUCGUGAGAACAGAUUAAGGAAUUCCAAAACCAGUUUCUAAACUUCAUGAAAGGCUAUAUCAAGAAAAGUAACAGAAAGAAGAGCUCAUUAAGAAAAAGAGGGAUAAAUAUGAGCAAGAAAAACUAAAAGAAUGCACUUUCGCUCCCUAGGUUAAUAAGAGAAAAUAAGCUAGAUCACCAAAUCCUGCAAACUUCUUGAGUCAUCAAAAUAAUUAAUUAAUACCUGAAGAAGCCACUUAGAUCUUCUCAACUAAUAACAAUUUUGAAUCUGAAAAUGGAGAUAACAUAAUUAUGAAAACAUAAGAGAGCUAAAACCCUAAAAAUACACCUGAAAAUAUACAGAUAAAGAGACAAAAAUCACCUAAUAAUGAUUUUCCUAAAAAUCUAUCUACAUAAAUAAAUACCUAAUUUUAAUCACCUUAAGAAGAAAGAAAACAGAGGGUAUAGAAAAUGGAAAAUCAAAAUGAUCCUAAUAAACUCAGCUACUCAAAGCCAGAAAAGGAUUAAGGUAAAUCCUCAAAUGAUAAAAUUAAAAACAAAAAGAGUCCAGAAAGAUUGAAUAAAGUCUAAUAUGAUUAAAUAGAAAAAAGUAAGCAAUAGUUGCAGUAAAAAUCAUAGCAGUUAACUCCAUUAACCUUCAGUAGAAAUUAAUAAAAUUAGCAAAAUAACUAUAGCUCUCCAUAAGAAAUUUAAAAAAUUCAAUCUCUUAAGCAUAAUAAUUCUGGUUCUGCUCUCAAAGGAAAGAUUAAAAAUACUAACCAAAUGAAGGAUCAUUCAUUUAUGGAAAAUUCAGAGGAUUAAGUCUAAACUUAUUAAACACAAGACCUUAGGAUACAAAAGCAAUAGGAAUUUGAGAGAAGAAAUGCUGAAUACUUGAGAAAAAAAUAAGAAAAAAUUAAAAUUAUGCAGGAGAUUCUGGAUAGAGAAGCAACAUUCUAGCCCAAGAUCAUUAAAAAGAGAAGAUCUCUUGAUUCAAGAAACAAAAAUUAAGCUGAUGUUAUUCAGUCUUAGAAGUCAUAGGCUGCUGGGGAAAGAUUAUAUGAAUAAGGUAGACAGUAGUUGAUUCUCAAGGAUGAAAUUACAAAAAUAUAAGGGUUUUAGGAUAGAGAGACCCUUGGUCGGCCAGAAAUAAAUAGAAACACUUAUAAGAUUUUGGAAUUAAAAACAAGAAGAACUGGUGAAUCCUAUAUUCCACCUUAAGAUAAAAAUAGGUCUUGCGGAAGUGGAAGCAGAAUAAACCAUAUGCAGACAGAAAAUACUAUAGAUGACACUUAUAAUAUGCAAAUGUACUCACAUAGAGUAAAUAUACCUAGUCCAAAAAAUAGCAAUGAAUUCCUUCAGUUUUAGAAUUUGAAUAUGAAGGAUGCAAAUGAGAAGUGCCCCUUUUCUAUUAAUGAAGGAACAAGUGAGUUUCAAUCAAAUCUUUGCGAUCUCUAUGACUAAAAGUUUAAUUAAGGCAAGAAUGGAGAUGGCUAUAAUGCGUUGGCUGAGUUACAAUCGCUAAGAGGCUCAAACUCUAGCAACUAAAAGAACUAAAUGUAAAAGAAGAAAUCACCUCCAAGAGGAAUUAAUGAAUUAGUUUGUGCUAGUGCGAGAAUAAGUAAAGAUUAUCAUAGACUAACAUGA